AUGUCAUCUAAAGUUCUAAGGGUUUCUCAUGAUGAUGACGAAAAUCAAGAGACUUACAUCUACUCAGGACAAAUAAUUGUGGCUCCUCGUAAAGGUAAAGGUAACAAAGCUGUUUUUUGAAGAAUCUUUUCUGAGUUAAAGGUUAUUGGCUAUCAAGGGUUAGUUUUAGUGGCCCUGACCGAAUAAAGAACCUUUAAAGGUCUACUGUAACGUGCAAAAAUGAAGGGUUGACAGUGACGUAUGAAAUGCUGAUUAAGAAUAUUAUAUAACCUGCGUUUGCCCGGCAUUGAAUAACCAAAAGUUUGAUAAAAAGCCAAAAACCUUAUCGGUCAGCUUUCGAAUGUCACAGCAAUUAAGUAGGUAUAGUUUAAAGCGUCUAUAUAAUUCUUAACUGACUGAAACUUUGAAUGAUAUGUAUUUGUAAUGUGUCUGGCCUGUUCCAGGCUCCGAGGCUAAGAGUUGCGUUCGCGAAAUUGAGAAAGUACAACCCCUUCUCCCAAAUCACGCGCUCGUAUUUUCUAGUGCGUUUCAAGUUUGCGCAUCUCCACUAUUUAAAAGCUUGGAACAGGCUAUAAUUUGUCUCACUUCUUAGUUUUUAUCCUUUGCAGACCGUCAGCCCACUUCAUGGAAUUUUUCAGGGACACCCGUCCAAUUUACUGUGAGUGACCUGUGCGCUGUUUUCCAUCGCAAACCCUUAAUACAUAUUAAAUCAUUCUUGAGAUAAUUUAGCUUUUGAAUUUUGGAGGUGCAAAUCGUGUAGGCCAAGAGCGAGUGAGAUGACUUUUCAAAAGGCAAUUUCCUUAUACACUCUCAAUACAGGGAUGCUAUUUGAGCAUUUCCUAAAGUGUCAUGAAUUCGAAGGGUUUUGUAUUUCUCGCAAUUAUACUACUACUUGAGAAAUUUCUGCAAUUUUAUUGGCUUAGAGCAGUGGUUCUUCAGCGUAAUUUGAAAAAGUAAAUUCUACUUGUGAGAAUUACAAACUUUCUGCGGGUAGUAGUAUAAACAAAUAAUAGCAUAAUUUGUACGUGAUAUUUAGCAUAAAUAUCACUCGUGAUGUUUCAAAAUUGUCUCAAAUUUCACUCGCCUAACGGCUCGUGAAAUUAUGUAUAACAAUUUCGAAAUUUACUCGUAGUACUUAUGCCCAAUAUUACUACAAAUCAUGCUAUUACCUAUACUAAUAAACUGUUGAACAUUAGCCAGGGUGCGAAAGUGGUAUGGGCUGGAGGUCAUCUACGCUUAUGUCCUUGUGUUGGCCUAGGUGGUCGUAAAUGAGUUGGCAAUCGAAAAAGUACAAAGAAGAGCAUCGAGAAACGCUCUCGGUCAAAAACCACGCGAGAAGUCAUAUGAAUAACGAUGUAUAUUGCUAAACUGGAACACACUUCAGCAUCGAAGAGAAUACCUGUCUGUAGUGGAAUGCUACAAGAUAAUGUUUGGCGGUCUAAAUGGCAUAGACGUUAAUGACUAUUUCGAGUAUUGUAGAAGUACAAACACUAGAGCGAACAGUCCAUACAAAAUACAAACGAAAUAAGCUAAAGUUGACUCCUUUAAGUACUCCCUCUUUGUGAGAAUCGUCAAAGACUGGAACAAUUUGCCAAACCAUCUCUUCAGUGAUGAAAUUAACGUUAACAAAUUUAAAAAAGGAUUUAAAAAGUGGAUGAGAGUUUAUUGACACAGUAGCUAAUAUUUUAAUAGUAUAUAUUUUCACUUUAAAUAUCAUCCAGUUUCUCACUAUACCAGUUUGUACCAGCACUAAUGAUUUUUACGCGCGUUUUUUUAUAUUUUUUUAAAAAUAGUUUUUAAAGUUCAGUUAGGGAACCAUUUAUAGGGAGAACCUCGCGGUCCAGCUUUUCAAAUAUGUAUCAUGUAUCAUGUUAGUGAAUAUGUAUUUGAAUAAAGUAUUAUUAUUAUUAUUAUUAUUAUUAAAUGGGACUGAUAUAAGUAAGUGACAAAAAGUACUAACAACUUCUAUAUUCCUUUUCUUAUAAAUAAGAUUGAAAGUUAUCAAGACUUAAUGUUCUCGCCUUUCACCCACUCAAGAAUUAAGAUUGACGACGAUCUUGUUACUACUUCAGCAGAGGCUUUGACCUUGUAACAGUAUCCAAUCUCGUAUGAUUACUAUGUAACGUAACGAUUUCUCUACUUCACGCAUGUUGAUUACGUAACGUGCAAUAUAUCACGCGCGGCAUUUUUCCCGACCACGUGCUUCUGUAGUAAUGGCUGAAUAAACUACUUGAGUUGAACUACGAGUCUAUUUACAUGGUGUCAGAGGUGGGAUCUUCGACUCAUAGUUCAGAAAACCUAUCAAGACUCAAGACAAAACUCAAAAGCAGAAUUCAGGAACGAAAUGAGCGAUCUAAUUGUUUUCGAAUCACCAAAAAUCGGCUGGACUCCGGGACCAGAUUUACCUCAGAGGUUCAAGCGUUUCCGACAGAAAUGAUAACUUCUAUUUAAUGGACCACUCAAGGCACGAACCAACGAGCAAAGAUGUCGAUAUGCCCUUCUGUUCUGUGGACCGGCGACUACGGUCUAGACUUGUUUAACACGUGGAACUUGGGCAGUGAAGAACAAAACAAACUCGACGAAUACUGGACGCGAUUCGAAGAGCAUGUGAAGCCCCAGUCCAACCACAUAUUUAACCAAACGCUUCUAUCUCCGAAACCUGAGGCAAAACGGACGACCCCUCGAUGAUUUCCUGACAGAGGCCAAGCUAUUGAUUCAAAACAGUGGCUAUUUGUCCGAGCUCCACGACGAAUUACUGAAAGACGUUCUCGUGUUUGGCGUUGAUUCUGACAUCGUGCGGAAGAAAUGUAUCGCCGAAGGAAACCGCAUUGACGAAGCAACCAGGCUACAGCUCCAAGCAAUGACAAUCGAGGCAGAUACAACACAAGUCAACUCACUACAAAGAGCCAAAGGUAACGCAAAAACCAAACAGAGAGGCCAGAGAGACAAAGAAAACAAAGAAACGACCAGCAACUAUGCCACCGAUGCGGCAAUGAAUCCCAUACAGGCGGUGUUGAAUGCCACUAUUGCCACAAACGCGGUCAUUUCAGCAAAGUUUGCCCGAAAAGAAACCCGGUACACGAAGUACAGAACCAUACAGCCAGUAAACAAGAAAAUAACUCUGACUUGACCUAUGAUUAUAUGUUCCUGGGAUCACUUGAGGUAGAUAGCGUAAACAACACCAACCGCAACAAAGUCUUCACAACAGUCGAGAUUACUGCUAAGCCCUACCACAAGAAAACUACCUCGAUAGUAUGCAAAAUAGACAUAGGCGCAGAGACUAAUGUAAUACCUAAGACUGAGUUUGACAAGAUCAUUGCCUCUCCUAGUGACAAAGCACUUAGACUACCCCAGAUCCUCACAGCUUAUGGUGGCCAAAAGAUUGAAUGCAUAGGUACCUGUCAGCUAUUUAUCCAUCAUAAAGACGGGAUAAAAGAAGUAACCUUCACAGUAACCAAUGUACAAGGACCCGCCAUGCUAGGAUGUAAGACAUGUGAGGAACUCGAAUUUGUCACCAUAAACUGCAGCAUAGAGAACACCCCACUGCUAACCAAGGAAACCCUCCUGAGCAGCUACCUAGACCGCUUCGAAAGACUAGGAACAUUUAAGGACAUGAAACCUUACCCGCUUGACCCGGCAGCAGAACCAGUCAUACACCCACCGCGGUCAGUUCCAGUGCAUCUUAAAGACCUUAAGAAAGGAGCUAGAUGACAUGCUGAAUCUCGUUGUCAUCGCACCUGUUGACAGGCCCACCGACUGGGUCAACAGAUUCGUGUUGAGCGAGACAAAAAAACGACAAAACGGUCCUAAGUAUCAAUCAGAGAAAUUCCGCGACUUCAUGCAGACCUAUGGAGUAGAACAUGUUACCAGCUCCGCGACGUACCCCCAGUCUAAUGGCUCUGCAGAACGCAUGGUUCAGACAGUAGAGAAUAUCCUCAAGAAAUGUGACGAAGAAGGAGAAGAUCCCUAUCUUGGACUACUAUCCUACCGUUCGACACCUGUCAGCAGCGACUUGAACUCUCCAGCAGAACUGCUGAACCACCGCAAGUUCAGGACCACUGUAUCAAUGUCCAAGCGUGUGAGUGUCACCGACACUACCAGUAAGACAAAGGAAGAGCUGUACCAGCGAAAAAAGCUACAAUCAUUCUACUACAAUAAGACUGCUGGACCGACACUACAACCAUUUCAACCAGGUCAGCCAAUCAACAUCUAUGACCACCACACCAAAAGAUGGGAACGAGGAACAGUUAUCAGACCUGCGAAGGAACCAAGAUCCUUCAUCGUUAAGAACGACCGAACGGAAGGUGUCUACCGUCGCACUCGAUCACAGUUGAAACCCAGACCCAAGGUAAACGACAACAGCAUCAAAGAACCACCACCAACUACUCCUGAGACAGCAGCAUCGCAAGAUAGCUCAGCUACCCGCACCCGUAACGUGUAAUAUAUCACGUGCGGUAUUUUUCCCGACCACAUGCUUUUGUAGUAAUGGCUGAAUAAAGUACUUGAGUUGAACUACGAGUCUAUUUACAGACCCCAUACCCCAGGGGCACAAAAACUCCACUGUCUUUCUACCGACCUGAAAUCUUUUCUCCACUUUUUCCUUCUCUUGUCCACCAUUCGAAUAUUCCCAGGUACAGUCUUGUCGAUUGUAUGAUGUUGCUAUAAAUUUCUAUGGUGUUCAAUGCAUUCAGUAUGAGUAACUAUUAUUCUUGAAACAAACCCGUGUAAAUACCUCAGGUGCCUGAAUAUGUUCAAUUUGUUUUAAAGGCCACAGAAAAGCUGUUGGCAGAAGAUCUGGGACGUAAAGAACGAUUUCAAACUAUAAGUCUUAUGGGUAUAUAUUCUCUCAAGAGCAUUGAGGUAUGUGAUUUCUAUUUAGUACCUACUUCUAGUUGGUAAUUUACGGUGCACAUGAGUACGGGUUGGCCGUAUAUAGCAUGCGUCACAGACGUAAUCUAAACCCGGUUGUUAAGGUCUGCAAAGCAGCACCGAGAUCCUUGUUCAGGGCCACAAUUGGCCUAGUCCCUAGGCCACAUUAUUCCGCGAGGCCAAAGCGUUUCGGGUCACUUGGUCCAAGUAAAAAUUGAUCUAAAUCCCUGUGUAUAUUCUAUAGGGAUUAUUUAACCUUCGUGUAAAGAGCUAUAGAUUAGUCUCAUGAAGAAAUUCUAGGGAAAUCGAAAAAAGGUCAAGUUAUUGGGAAUAAAGAAAAAAGCAAAUGGAUGGGGAAGGAAUGCAAUUAUCAUGAACGUUUCACUUCAAGGGCAGCCAAAGAUAUUUUGAAAAAAGAAUAAAGCAACAAAGCUUGAUUAAUGCAUCGAGAUGGACAAUGAAUUUGAACUAGAGUGACAAAAAAAUAAAGAAAAAGAAUAGUCACGGUUGUUUUGAAAUAAAUUCAAUGUUUCGGAGUUCAGUACAGUGUUGCUGUUUUCGCCUUGUCACGCGCUUAAAACAUGGUUUGAGUUAUCGAGGGUAGAAUUUUAUAGAAUUGAUCUGAAGGGAAACAAAAAUUACUUCAAGCUAGCGGGAGGUUCGAGUUAUCGAGGGUAAAAUUACAGUAAAUUUAUAAAGCAAAUUCAGGGAAAUCGGCUUUGGUUCGAGUUAGCGCGAGGUUCGAGUUAGCAAGGGUUUGAGUUAUCGGGAGUCAAGUUUUCCCAUACGCCGUGGUAAAAAGUAUGACAGCACGGGCACUCUUUUCAAACCUCUUAGUUUACUUCUCCUCAAUGAUAUUAUUAGCCCCCCACGAAGGCGUUUUUAGGUGUGUAAUUGUAUUUUUUGGGGUCAUCCACUAAAUUAGCCUUUGCUAUUUGGAUGAUCUGAACUCGCUCGGCUAGAGACUAUAAUUUUUAUUCUUUACUUAUGUAAAUGUAUUUAUUGCCCCUCUCUUUUUUUAAUCUGUGUUAGAUGUAGACGGAGCUAAGUGAAAUAAAUCAUCUUGUCUUGUCUUGUCUGACUUGUAUAUAUAAUUAUGGGGCAUUGUUCUUCUUUUGUUAUUAAAAAGCAGAAAGCCACUAGGGGCCUUCUUAACCCUAGCAGAAGGGAAUGAAGCUUUUCGUAAUAUUAAAGUAUUUUGUAAUGACGUGAUCAGGACAACUGAUGAAUGAAGCUGAAUGAUCCAUGGAGGUGGGGGAGUAUGACCGAAACCGAAGGUCAUCUGAGGUCGUUCUCCGAGAUGUGCAUGAUUCUUCAUAUCACACAAAAGUGGUCAAAAGUCGAAUUGUUUUGUAUUUUUUUAGCUGCACGUUUUCCAUUUUGAGAAAUUGUCAACUUGAAUCUGACUUUUGCGGUUUGCUGUAAACAUCACUUUAAAUCUCUCAAUUAUUCCAUGAUCUUCCAUCAGUUACGCAUUAAUCGUUGAGUCAGUGGUGGAAGGAUAGGAAGGCCCUUCCAAAUUUGGACUGCGCCAGCUGGUUAUGACGAAUUAGCCGGUACAAUAAUAAUCCAGUCAGAGGCGAAGAAAUAUUGUGAAUAAAUCUUAAUGGUCGUUACUCUCCUCUCUUUCCUCUGUAGGAGUUGCGUUUUGAAGACUACAAGAAUAAAGAACAUCGGAGGGAGACUCCUUCGCGAUCGUCCAGCCCCAAUAGAGCACCGUCACCUUCUUAUUCUCCUCAAUCACCGAUUUAUUCGCCUACUAGCCCUUCAUAUUCUCCCACUAGCCCUUCAUAUUCUCCCACUAGCCCUUCAUAUGCUCCCACUAGCCCUUCAUAUGCUCCCACUAGCCCUUCAUAUGCUCCCACUAGCCCUUCAUAUAGACCCUCUAGCCCCUCAUUCUUAUAUGAAACUGUAACAAGCGCAUAUGGUACCUGGUCAUCAUCUGGUAUAGAAUCAAGCUCUAAAACUCCCAAAGGUAACUGCUCAUUAUUUCAAAAUCACUCUUUUAUCUUUUUUUGCCUUUUAAUAUAUCUCGUUUACAGAAUCCUAGCAAAAAAAAAAAAAGAAUUUCACAAAGUCAUUAAGAUCCAUUCAGCGACAUUUGUAUUAGAGCAUAAUUUAUUCAAAUUGAUUUGAAGCUGCAGCCUCGUAUUUGCCUCACUGAAUUUUCUUUCUUUAUUCCUUCCUUUUUAGCGUUUGCAUUCAAAAAGGCACCGGAUAAAUGUAAUAGCCAACAAAAGUCUUCAAAAUUGCGAAAGAAGAAUGAAGAAAGUAACGGCUUGAUAACAACUGGUACUGAGGUGCAGGUCAAGAGGAAC